AUGUACCAACAGCUGAAGUUCCCGGCCGUCCUCACGUACAAGUUGGCCUGCGACUUGAAGGUGGUGCACAUGCUGAAGGACCGCUCGUUGGGCAACUCCGUUACCAGCCUGCGACGGAAAAUCCAGGAGGGGCACACCUUGGAGUGGCUGAGGCACAGUUUGGAGUACCUCUCCGUGCUGGAGCAGCUGGGUGUUCCCACCGGCGUUCUAGGGUGCAUGCGCCCUGUGCCCCGCAAAGUCUGGUUUCUGGCCGCCUUCGUGAGGGCGGUGAUUCCACACCUUCCUGAGAACAAGGCCCGCAUCACGUCGGUCGUCGGGAGCGUGCUGAAGAUGGACUCCACCAAGAACGUACGUAGUCGUCAGAGGGUGCGCGUCGUUUCCAUUGCGCAGGCCCCGCCUCAGCUUCUGUAUGUGGACCGCGACUGCUGCUGCGCCACCGGGAAGGGCAAGGUCGCGGCCAUGUUCGGCGACUGGAAGGAUCUGAUGGUGCAGCUGGACGUGUGGCACCUCAUGCGGCGCUUCGCCAGGGGGGUUACCACAGACGCCCACAUCCUCUACGGUCCCUUCAUGGCCAGGCUGUCCCUGGCCAUCUUCGAGUGGGACGCCGAGGACAGGAACCUGCUGAGACGGGCCGAGCAGGGCGCGGACGGCGGCCGACCGGUCACUCUUUCGGCCAGGGAGCUGGCCCGACACUGCCGUCGCCGCACCAGAGGGGCCAAGGAGACGGAGCGGCUCAUCCAGGAGGUGCUGGACCACUUCUGGGAGGCCAAGGAUACGAUGGGCAUGGCUCUCCUCGACCAGGCCAGGACUCAGCACAUCUGGGACACGCAGCGCCAGCACAUGGCCUGCAUCCAGGACCCGCCUGGCCUACCCAUAUACACUAAGGUGGGGGAGGUGACGAGAGGUGGCAUCAAGCUUCCGAUAUUCAAGUGUGUGUCAGGCUCCACUUCCCUGGAGUGCUUCCACCUCCACCAGUGCCGCUUCAUUCCAGGUCUACCUGCUGGAGGGCUUGACCCGGUGGAACGAGGACCGAGCCAGGGCAGUCGUGGUGGGGGGCCUCUUGACGACCUUGACACGCUGCUACAACUCCCGCCUGCUCAGCGCUUUCCAAAAGCUGAUGCAGAAGCUGCAGAAACCCACGGUGGUGGAAAACUACACUACACCGGGGGAGUACACCGGGGAGCUCAUCGGCUUGGACUACCUGUACGCCUAGACCGGCGCCGUGCUCCAUCUGGACCCCGGUCGUGACAAGAAGGGGGAGGAGGAGGACCCGACUGCUUGUAUGGACAACGUGGCGGAGGAAGAGGAGGAGGA